UUGUUUAUUUAUUAGAAUGUCGAAAUAUCUUGGCUUGGAUCGCUUGGGUAAACUUUUUCAGAUUGUUCGCCAAAAUGGCGGUCUGAAAAAUACCUAUCUCAAAUUGUAUAGAAAUGAUGAUUUGAAAAUCGGUACAUUGGUUGGCACCGACAAAUACGGCAACAAGUAUUACGAAAAUCCCUAUUAUUUCUAUGGCAGAAAUCGUUGGGUUGAAUUUGCCGAACAUGUGAAUAUGGAUUAUGAUGGUUCGCAAAUUCCAGCUGAAUGGUUCGGUUGGAUGCAUUACAAGACCGAUUUGCCACCAAUCCGUGAUGGCAACCGUCCCAAACACAAGUGGAUGGCUGAUCACAGUGAAAAUUUGUCCGGUACUCAAGAACAAUAUAUGCCCUAUAGCACCACCCGUACCAAGAUUGAAGCUUGGGAUCCCAAAAAAGGUUCCGGUUCAAAGUGAUGAGUGGAA